AAAUAAUGACAGGAGCUAAUGGAAGUAAGCCACAAGUCAGAAGCAGAACGAAGUUGCAGAGAGUAUUGAGUUGAGUUGCAGACUUGCAGUGCGUAGUUUGUUUCUCUCUCUACUUUCUCCCUCUUCAUUCAGUUUUCAAAAUUCAUAAUAUUUUCUUAAGUCUCAUUUUUCCUUUUUUAUUAAGUUAUGGGAUUGCUCUCUUCUGCUACUUCUACUUCUUUACUUCUCUGCUUCACCAACCUCUUCCUCUUUGCUACUUAUUCUCAAGGUAUCCCAGAAUACAAAUACCCAUUCAUCAGAAGGGCAAGCACAUUUUCAUCAUCAUCAUCAUCAGAAUCAUCAGACGGUCAAAAUUUAAAAAGAGGGUAUGACUACAUAGUAGUAGGAGGUGGGACAGCAGGGUGUCCAUUGGCAGCAACAUUAUCAAAGAAAUACAAAGUGUUGUUGUUAGAAAGAGGAGGUGUUCCCUUUGAUAAUUACAAUGUGAGUUUCAUGCAGAAUUUCCACUUAACAUUGGCAGACACUUCUUCUGUUUCUGCCUCACAAUACUUCAUUUCUACGGAUGGUGUUUAUAAUGCAAGAGCUAGGGUUUUAGGUGGUGGUUCUUGUAUUAAUGCUGGCUUCUACACUAGGGCCAGCUCUAGCUACGUAAAGAGAGCAGGAUGGGAUGCGAAGUUAGUGAAUGAAUCCUACCCUUGGGUGGAGAAACAAAUUGUGCAUAAGCCAAAGCUUGCAAUUUGGCAAAAAGCCGUGAAGGAUGCCCUCUUGGAUGUUGGGAUUUCACCUUUCAAUGGAUUCACCUAUGAUCAUAAGUAUGGAACCAAAGUCGGUGGCACAAUUUUCGAGGAGAAUGGUCGUCGCCACACUGCGGCCGAGCUCUUGGCUUCCGCAAACCCCAACAACCUCCAAGUCCUCAUCCAUGCAACCGUACAAAAAGUCACAUUUGACACCAAAGGGAGAAGGCCUAAGGCGGUAGGAGUGAUCUUCAAAGACGAAUAUGGAAAACAACAUGAAGCAAUCCUAUCCGAAACAAAAGGAAGUGAGAUAAUUGUGUCAAGUGGUGCAAUAGGAAGCCCUCAAUUGUUACUUCUAAGUGGGAUAGGACCUAAAGAACAACUCCAAAAGUUCAACAUUUCUGUAGUUUUUGACAACAAAUAUGUUGGAAAGGACAUGCAAGAUAAUCCUCUUAACACAAUAUUCAUCCCUACAAAGAAACAUAUAAGACAGUCUUUGAUACAGACUGUAGGAAUAACCAAGAAAGGGGUUUACAUUGAAGCUAGCAGCGGGUUUGGCCAGACCAGAGAUAGCAUCCAGUGCCACCAUGGUCUUGCUUCAGCUGAGAUAGGUCAACUCUCCACAAUUCCACCAAAGCAAAGAACAAAAGAAGCAAUCCAAGCCUACAAAGCAAGAAAGCAAGACUUACCCUAUGAAGCAUUCAAAGGUGGGUUCAUCCUUGAAAAGUUAGCAACACCCAUGUCCAAAGGAGACCUUAAGCUCAUCAACACCAACAUCGAUGACAACCCUUCUGUCACCUUUAACUACUUCAGUCAUCCACAAGACUUGCAACGCUGCGUUGAAGGCAUUCGGCUCAUUGAAAAGCUAGUCAAAACGCAACAUUUUAUAAACACUACAGGAUGUGAUGAAGAAACCAAUAUGAAGUUGCUCAAUAUGAGUGUUAAAGCCAAUAUUAAUCUUAUACCUAAGCAUACUAAUGAUACUAAGUCCUUAGAACAAUUUUGUAAGGACACUGUGAUUACUAUUUGGCAUUACCAUGGAGGAUGCCACGUUGGCAAGGUGGUGUCCCACGACUAUCGAGUUAUUGGUGUUGAUAGGCUUAGGGUUAUUGAUGGUUCUACAUUUAGGGUAUCCCCUGGAACCAAUCCUCAAGCUACUGUCAUGAUGAUGGGAAGGUAUAUGGGAGUGAAGAUUCUAAGGCAAAGACUUGGACGAGGAGCUGAUGAUGUAUAGAAAGAAAGGCUGUACUAAGAAGACUGAAAUAUGGCUAAGUUGAGGAAUUUUGAUUAACUAUAUAAAGUUAAUAAUAUAUAAUAAGUGUGAUUUUGUUAGUAGAAAAAUUAUUGUUGUUAGCAAGCAGUUAUUAUAACGUGUAUAAAUUUAGGCUUGCUGGUUAAUAAUUAAUUAGAUAAUUAUAUAUUUGAUUGAUUGGGGUGUGUUUGUAUAUGGUUUAGUGUGUUCAAGUUUAAGUUGUACUAUUAAGUAGUACACUACGUAGAACAUUCGAAUUAAGUAUGUUUUGAUAUAUGAAGAUUUAUUAUUGUUUCCUCUAUUUUGCUGAAGUUUAUAAUUAAUCAUUGGGUUUCACGUGUUUGUCACCA